UACAGGGGAUGACCAGAGACUGCGGACACAGUACAGGGGAUGACCAGAGACUGCGGACACAGUACAGGGGAUGACCAGAGACUGCGGACACAGUACAGGGGAUGACCAGAGACUGCGGACACAGUACAGGGGAUGGCCAGAGACUGCGGACACAGUACAGGUGAUGACCAGAGACUGCGGACACAGUACAGGAGAUGACCAGAGACUGCGGACACAGUACAGGGGAUGACCAGAGACUGCAGACCUUUGGGGAGGCGGGGGAGUGGGGGCACCCGGCUGUGAAGCCGCAAGCUGUCACAG